GGGCGGCAGUGUCGUCCACACACAUUCAGGCGUAGAAGAAGAGUUGGAAAAAGGCGCCUUGAAAAUAGCACAAUAGAAGCUUCUCGAAGCUUGCUGACGUUUGAAAGAAAGAAGCACAAUGGCGGCGAAUAGAAGCUUCUCGAAGCUUGCUGACGUUUGAAAGCAAGAAGCUUCUGUGUUGGUGAGUGUGUUGGUGAGUGUGUGGUCGCCAUGAGUGAGUUCCGCAUCCACCACGACGUCAACGAGCUUCUGAAGCUGCUUCAGGUGCGACGCGGCGACGGCGCUGAAGGUUACAUCGAGCGGCUGCAGAAGCACAGGACGCCUUACGUCACCACCACAGUCUCCGCCCACAGCGCCAAGGUGAAACUGGCGGAGUUCUCCAAGACGCCAGAAGACUUCCUGAAGAAGUACGAGGAGCUGAAGUCCAAGAACGUGCGCUACCUGGACCCGCUGGUCUACCUGCUGUCCAGACUGUGUGAGGACCGGGAGACCCUCCAGUGUUUGCAGCACUAUGCCAGGGAGCGCGAGGAGGCCUGCGCCGUCGCCAUGACGACCGCCGCCCCCGCCACGCCCGCCGUCUCCAAGAUGUCCAUGCAGGAGCUGGACGAGCUGAGGAAGAAGCUGGGCAACGUGACGGCGGCGUCCAGCGCUCCCAUGUCGGCCGAGGUCGCCAGGAAGAUGCUGCGGGAAAAACACAGCAAGAAGAAUCCUGGUCAGCUCAGUCCCGUCUUCCCCGCCUGGCUCUACGACAGACACGCCCUUCUGGGCGACUUCAUCGCCAGCCCCGCCCCUUCCGCUCAUACGCCCGCCUCUCUGGGUGCUAUGCCCGUGGCCGCCCAGGAGCAGGCGGUGCUGGAGGACCUGCUCUACGUCCUGGUCGGUGUGGACGGACAGGACGUGAGGGCUCAGCCGGUUCUGGGCCGGCAGAACCGCUCCUUCGUGGUGGACGCCACGCUGGACACGUCGGUCAAGGAGCUGGUGAACAGGAUCUUACCCGUGGCGUCGUACUACUCCACCGUCACACGCUUCAUGGAGGAGAAGUGGUCCUUCGAGUACGGCCAGGUGAACCAGGCCCUGACGGCGGCCAUGCGCACGCUGAUGAAGGAGUACCUGAUUCUGGUCACGCAGCUGGAACAUGUUCACAGGCAAGGAACCUUGUCCCUGCAGAAGCUCUGGUUCUACAUUCAGCCCACCAUGAGGACCAUGGAGAUCCUGGCCUCCGUCGCGUCGUCUGUGGACAAAGGCGAGUGUAUGGGCGGAGCCACGCUCAGCCUUCUUCACGACCGCACCUUCAACUUCACGGGCGACGCCCAGGCGCAGGAAGUGUGCCUGUACCUGACCAAGGCCGCCAGUCUUCCCUACUUUGAGAUCCUGGAGAAGUGGAUCUACAGGGGCGUCAUCCGGGACCCGUACAGUGAGUUCAUGGUGGAGGAACACGAGCUGCAGAAGGAGAAGAUCCAGGAGGACUACAACGACAAGUACUGGGACCAGAGGUACACCGUGGUGCAGCACCGCAUCCCCUCCUUCCUGCAGAAGAUGGCUGACAAGAUCCUCAGCACAGGUAAAUACCUGAACGUGGUGCGUGAGUGCGGCCGUGACGUCACCUGUCCUGACGCCAAGGAGGUCCUGUACACGCUGAAGGAGCGCGCCUACGUGGAGCAGAUCGAGAAGGCCUUCAACUACGCCAGCAAGGUUCUUCUGGACUUCCUGAUGGAGGAGAAGGAGCUGGUGUUGCGCCUCAGGUCCAUCAAGCACUACUUCCUGAUGGACAAAGGAGACUUCUUCGUGCACUUCAUGGACCUGACCGAGGAGGAGCUGAGGAAGCCAGUGGAUGACAUCGUUCCUCCCAGGCUGGAGGCUCUGCUGGAACUGGCGCUGCGCAUGAGCACGGCCAACACCGACCCCUUCAAAGACGACCUGAAGAUCGACCUGAUGCCUCAUGACGUCAUCACACAGCUGCUGAGGGUGCUCGCCAUCGAGACCAAGCAGGAGAAGAGCAUCAUCAACGCCGACGCCUCUGACGCCGCCCUCAGCGGUCUGGAAGCCUUCUCCUUCGACUACAUCGUCAAAUGGCCGCUCUCGCUCAUCAUCAACAGGAAGGCGUUGACGAGGUACCAGAUGUUGUUCCGUCACAUGUUCUACUGCAAACACGUGGAGAGGCUCUUGUGCAACGUGUGGAUCAGCAACAAAGACUCCAAGCAACUUUCCUUACACUCCGCCAAGUGGUUCUCUGCAGCGUUUGCCUUGCGCCAGCGCAUGUUGAACUUCGUCCAGAACAUUCAGUACUACAUGAUGUUUGAGGUGAUGGAGCCCACCUGGCACCUGAUGGAGAAAAACCUGAAGACGGCGUCCAACAUAGACGACGUGCUGUGUCAUCACACCAGCUUCCUGGACAACUGUCUGAAGGACUGCAUGUUGACCAACCCUGAACUACUGCGCAUCUUCUCCAAACUCAUGGCUGUCUGUGGCAUGUUCACCACCUGUAUGCAGCGCUUUACCCAGACCCUCAGACUGGAGCGUCUCUCUGUGGAUCCUGCGGCCGACAAGAAGACCACCACCACCACCAAGCUCUCACCACAACACGCUGACACGCUGCAGGCGGACGGCGGCUUUGAGACCACCAUCCUCAACUUUGACAACAACUUCAGUGUCUUGCUGCUGGACCUGCUGGACAAGCUGAGCAUCUUCAGCACCAACGACUGCGAGCACAGCAUGAUCAGCAUCAUCUACAGGUGACCUGCCCGCACACCUGCUGGACUUCAAUGGCUUCUACACGGAGCGUCUGGAGAAGAUGGCGGUGGAGCGCAGUCAGAAGUGAAGUUGUGGACAAGAAGAACACCUGUGCCUGUCCACCAGGGGGCGUGGCCUCUAAUAAACACUUUGUAGACCUUCAA